CUUUGACAGUUGAGCACGUGAGGUUUGUGGCAAUCGCAGAAGCACAAUGACUGAACUGAACUGGAUUCAUGUAUUUUUAUUUCUGGUGCUGGCGCUUCGGUUUCAAGCAAUAACAGGACAGGACUCCUACAUCACGGUCAGAGAUGGAGAUGAAUCCGUCACGUUGCCCUGUAGAAACCUGGAAAAAGAUCAGCACGGAUGUAACGGUACCAACUGGCUUCACAACCAAUUACCUAGCUCUAAAGUGGUCGAGCUGGUUUCACUGGGGCAGAUUAACGACAAUAAAUUCAACAGACUGACUGUUACAUCAGACUGUUCUCUGGUGAUAAAGGAGAUCAAGCCUAGUGAUUACGGUCGCUACGUCUGCAGACAGUACAAGAAACAUGAACAUACCGAUGCUCGGGUCCAUCUGUCUGUAAUCAACAUGUAUGAACAGACGAAUGAAGAAAUAAGGAAGUUAAUCUGCUCUGUGCUGAGAUACGAAGGCUGUUCACAUACUGUGAUGUUACUGGACGACGGUAAUGUGUGUAAUUACACAAAUCAGGAGAGUCCCUGUUCAGCCUCCAUGCCGUUUACUUCUCCUCUUCAGAGAUACGCCUGUAAAGUGACAGACGGAAACAGUGGCGACGUGCUGCUGUGCAGCUUCGACGCUCAGGCCUCUUGUGAGAAAAUCUAUCCGAAUAAACGGAACAGAAAAUGGGGUAGUCCCACAAACCAAGAAGACGACACAAACACAUCAAUGUUUUCAGAUCUUCCUCACUGGUGGAUGUACAUUGCUGCGGCUUUAGGUUUUGCAGUCCUCCUAAUAAUUGUUGGAGUUGUCGUCGGGCGGAGGAGAACUAAAGGGAGCAGAGCGCGGCCGGAUGACGGCACCGGGCAGAGCUUAAACCCUGCAGAGACUCGGUCUGGUCCAGACGGUUUUCAGGACACGGUUGAUUUUGAAGUUCCUUACGCCACCAUCAGUUUCAAAAAGAGGAGAAACGGCGACGCCCAGGCUGGUGAUGAAGAGGCUGAUGAUGACGAUGAUCAGGAGGAGGAGGAGGAGGAGGGCCAGAAUAACGUUCAUGGGGAUGAUGCAGUGACCUACAGCUGUGUGGCGGUUCCUCAGAAAGACUCGGCUGAUCUCAUGGGCCUCUACGCCACCGUCAAGAAAAAGAAAAAAGAAGAAGUAGAAGAGGAGUCACUGCAAUGACUUCCCAUGAGGAAACCUGCACUCAUCACACCCCGAUGUGUCAAUGUAGGAAAACAACACUUCUGUGUUUUAUGUCUGUAAACUACAUGAAUGUAUAUGAAUUAUUAGUUAUUGAAUGAAAAAGGAAAAUUACUUGGUUUCUAGAUAUUUUUUUUUGAAUUUCUAGUAGUAGAAAAGACUUUUAUUUAUUGUCAUAAAAACAAGAACUUGAAGCAGUUUUUAGGCCAUGGACCCCAAAGUGAUGGAGAGAUGAAGUAGGGCCCCCCUAUCUACCUACUAUAUGUGUUCUAUAUCAACCUUGGCCUAGUGCUAUUUAUAAAUAAACGUUAUUAUUAUCAUUUUGCAUUCAGUAUUAACCCUUUGGAGUCCAGAGUGUAAUCGGCCAUUUUUGACUACUUUUGGUUUUACCCUUUUUUUUUAUUGUCGCCUUGUUUGGUUUUAUUCUUUUCAGCACAACAGUCAUUUUAUGAUUAUUUUUUGGAUUUUGACUGACUGUGUUAACACACUGGACCUAAAACCAUAAAAUCCGAGUAGGAAAAAGUUUCAUUUUUCACUGUGAAAACCACAAACAUGUUUAACGAACCAUUUUUGUGUAAACUUCAUAAACGUAUGUACAAAUUUAGCAAACAACAAAGUUAUUUAUAACUAUUUCCACUAAAAUGCAGGAAAUGCAUCAGGCAUUUUUACAACCAUUUGAAAACUCAGUAAUGAUGUCUCUAAAAGUCUCUAAACUUUUUUUUACUGGCGCGUCACUUGACUCCAGGGGGUUAAGCUGUUAAAAUAACACACAGGUUCAAAUAUUCAUUUUUUUCUUUUUUUUAUUUCAGAUAUGUGCAACAGUAGGGUGGCCAUGCUGGAAAAUUAAAAAAAAAACAAACAAAAAAUGUAUUAAAAAAAAUGUCUAAUCAACUAAAGAUUUUGUGAACCUCCUGCAGUACCUCCACAGACCCCUAGGGGGUUUCUAGAUAAACGUUUCUCUUACUCACUGUUAAUCUUGUGGAGGGGGGUUUUCUGGAUCAGUGUGAUGAUGACUGAGGUGGUUAUUUAAAGGAGGAACAGUCAUGACUUGUGUGGCUGCUUUUAUUAAGUGUUUGUCCAUAAAUACAUACAGUGUGGUUGUUUGCAGUCACGGGUCGAUUCAUAUGGAUUACAAUUCAUUUUACUCACACUAGUGGUUCAGACUACCAACGACAUGCAGCAGAAGUGUUGCACAAUUUAACUUUAAGCCAUAACAUUAUGACCACACAGUGUUCAGUUUUAGAGUAAUUUCCAGUCACCUAGUUUCUUGUGUAUGUUCUUUACACCACCCAAAAAAAUUCACCGCUCUGUGGUCAGGCUACAAAAGGUCUCGCAUGCAGAGGCUGCAGGUUGCAUGCAGAGAUGUUAUGUGCAUGUACCCACUUCACCUCCAGCCUGAGGUUGCACUGGCUGAAACCGAUUUUUUGUUUUUCACUUGUACAGUAUUGUGUCUUGUGUAUUUAUGGACUUGAGUCUGCAAUAAAGUUAUAUUAAUUCA